AUCAAAGUAGCUUCAACUUCUAGCAACCAAACAUCAACAUGAAGUUAAUAGCGGUAUGCUUGUUGGUGGCCACGGCCAGUGGUAGCUUCCCUGAGGAACAGCUGAAGACGGUGAACAAACGCGGGAUAUUGUCCGGCGCCCACCUCCCGCUCGCGCCGGGUGGCCUGGCCGCUGCGAUACCCCUGGUCGACGGCCUGGGAUACGCCUCCGCCUACGGUGGCGGCUACGGCGGUAGCGUGGCCCUGGGCUCGACCGGCAUAGCGCUCGGCCCAGGCAUAGGCUCGACCGGCCUCUUGCUGGGUUCGGGCGGCCUCGCCCUGGGUCCGGCCAGAAUCGGGCUCGGUCUGAACGCCCUGCCGCUGGGUUCGGCCGGCUUCGCGCCCCUGGCCUUGACGUCCACACCGGCCCCGUUCGCCGUGACGACCGUGAACCGCGCCGUGGCGGUGCCGGUGCCGCAACCCUUCCCCGUCGCCGUGAACCGGCCCGUGCCGGUGCCCGUCCCGCAACCGUACCCAGUGCGCGUGGACAGGCCCGUGCCCGUUCCCGUGGCCCAUCCGGUGCCAUUGUCCAUUCCUAGACCGUACCCAGUGCCCGUGGACCGACCAGUGCCCGUCCCCGUGGCCCAUCCAGUCGGCGUGCCAGUACCGCAGCCGUACCCGGUCGCCGUGCCAGUACCCCAGCCGGCUCCAGUCCUGGCCCCGGCCCUCCUGGCACAGCCGGCGCUGGCCCCCGGCGGCUACGGCCUGGCGGGGCUCGGCGGCUACGGCGGGCCCUUCGCGCGCUCCUCCGGGCCGAAGGGCGUUUACAUAUCUGGCUCUCUGGGCAGCCUCCAGGGCUCCACCCUGGGUUUCGCUUCCACCAAACUUGGGCACGGGAUUCUCAAACACUAGAGGACAAAUUACUUCUCAGGAAAAAUUACCGAUUAUCUUAAAACUUUACAUUUUAUAUCAUUCAUUUUAAUUUAAUUUUUGUUUGCGAGAGUGUUAAAGUUAUGUAUGAAAUUAUUCAAUGUAUGCGUUUAGUGGUGUAAAAAAUUUCCAAAUAAUUAAUUGGCAUAAAAAUUAAUUAUCACCGUGACAUUUGUGCACCUUAUAAAAAUGUGGAACAAAAAAGUUCUAGCAGCAGAAAAGGUCAUUUUUUUUCAUAAAAUAAUAUCGGAAUGAAUAAGAGCGAAUACAUUUCUUCACUUAGUGCUAGUUUCCAGAGUGUUUCAUGAUAAAAAUGUACAGAAUUUUAUAAAUAAUUUACAGUAAAUAUUUGAUUUUCAAGAAAGAUUCACAAAGUAGGGUAAUAUUACAGCAGUAAUAAUGUCUGACGUGUCAAAAUAAGUAGGUAAUUUUAUUGUUGGCAUAAUUUAACUAAGCAUUCAAUGUUUGAUAUAGUCUUAACUGUAGUAUUUAAACUAAAAUAUACCAAACAAUUUAUAAUAUAUUAUCUUUGAAAGAUUUGUGCCAAUGAUUGAUGUUACAAAUACAGACAUACAUGUAAUGAGCAAUGGCGUAUGUCCAAAAGCUUACAUCAAAUUUAAAAUGUGUUAUAAGAGCUCCAAAUGUAGUCGUAUACGAAUUUAUAUUAUUAAAUUAGCUUUUAAUAAUGUUGUUAUGUGAAGUACUCUUGGUUGAGAACAAGUUAUUUUUUAGAAUGUUAUAUAUUGUGAGCAUAUUAAUUAUUUAUUAUUUUGGUUUCAAAAUAUACAAGAAACGAGCAUUAAAAAUAAUAACCAAUGUUCUGUUUCAUGCUCUUCUUGACACCGUGCCAAGAAAACCCCUGCAUUUUAAUUUAGUGCAUGAUAUGUGUACUUUGUAUUAUAUAUUUUUAUAAAAAUGAUGUUGUAAGUUAUUGUUUUUUAUCAGCUAAGAAAGUUUUUUUUUAAUAAACUUUCGUCUGUGUACCCAAUAAAAUCCAACUUUAUUAUUUAGUCAUUUAAAUCGAAAAAUAUUUUUGCAUAGUACAUAAUUUAAUAAGUAAUUUUUGUCACACUUGCAUUGCAUAUUUUUGUAACGAGAGCUUUAUACAAGCCCUUAGAAAUCACACGUUUUAUAUUUUGUUAUCACUUCUUUGUAAUACUUAAAUAAAUGAAAAAAUUGUUAAAAAAA